UUUAAGAGAUUUGAUAGAGAUUAGAAGCGGCACAGUGUUGAGAAAUAUUAUAUGUUCGAUACGAAUCUCAUUUGAUGGUGAAAAGGCAGAGCGCGCGCACGCGGACGCGGACGGAACUGCGGAACGCGCGACUGAAUGAAUGAAAGGAUGAAGGAGCUCCGGGCUCUGUAAACGGGUCAGAGGUGAUAUCAGCGGGUCAGAGGUGAUCUCCACAGGUCAGAGGUGAGCUGAACAAUUGGCAAAAGCUUCAGGUGGUUUGAGCGAGUCGAAAUGUCUUCGAGGGUUUGAGGAGAGGUCGUGGAUAUCUCGACAGACUCCUGGAGAAAGUUCAACAUCAGGAUGAACAGGUUCCUCAGAUAGUGGAUGAACACUUGCAUGUUUGAUUCCUGGUCAUUAUGACGUCACAUCCUCCUCCGUCCUCAUUGGACCAUCAGGUUGGGAUGUUCCGGGUUUUAAGCUGGAGCUGCUGUCACUCUACCACUUGGCCACGCCUCCUGUGGAUUCUGUGGGUGUGGCUAAGCCCAUGUUCGUCGGUUCACCAGCACUCGCACCCACAUUCCAUCAAGAUCGCGGGGGACAUCACCUUGGGGGGCCUUUUCCCAGUCCACGCUAGAGGUCAUGCAGGGGUCCCAUGCGGAGAAAUAAAGAAGGAGAAAGGAAUCCACCGGAUGGAGGCCAUGCUGUACGCACUGGACCAGAUCAACAGUGACCCGGAGCUGCUGCCCAACAUCACGCUAGGGGCCCGGAUCCUCGAUACGUGUUCCAGGGACACUUACGCUCUAGAGCAGUCUCUGACAUUUGUCCAGGCUCUCAUUCAGAAAGACACAUCUGACAUCCGCUGCUCCAACGGUGAACAACCAAUCAUACGCAAGCCUGAGCGCGUGGUGGGUGUGAUCGGGGCGUCAGGGAGCUCAGUGUCCAUUAUGGUGGCCAAUGUCCUGCGGCUGUUUGAGAUCCCUCAGAUCAGCUACGCAUCCACAGCACCGGAGCUGAGCGACAACAACCGCUACGACUUCUUCUCUCGCGUGGUUCCUCCAGACUCGUACCAGGCGCAGGCGAUGGUGGACAUCGUGAAGGCGAUGGGCUGGAACUACGUGUCCACGUUAGCGUCGGAGGGGAACUAUGGGGAAAGUGGAGUCGAUGCCUUCAUUCAGAUCUCUCGAGAGGCAGGAGGUCUGUGCAUCGCUCAGUCCAUGAAGAUCCCACGAGAGCCCAAACCAGGAGAGUUUGACAAGAUCAUUAAGAGACUAAUGGAGACCCCCAACGCUCGAGGAGUCAUCAUCUUCGCCCAUGAGGACGACAUCAAGCAGGUCCUGGAAGCUGCAAGGAAGUCCAAUUUGACUGGUCAUUUUAAGUUUGUGGGAUCAGACAGCUGGGGGGCCAAGAGCUCUCCCAUCCUGGACCAGGAGGAAGUGGCUGAGGGUGCCGUCACCAUUCUGCCCAAAAGAGCUUCUAUUGAAGGAUUUGACCAGUACUUCACCACUCGAUCCCUGGAGAACAACCGCAGGAACAUCUGGUUCGCUGAAUUCUGGGAGGACGACUUCAGGUGCAAACUGACACGACCGGGUAUCAAGAUCGACCCAGAAAAGAAGAAAUGCACAGGAGAGGAACGGAUCAGUCGCGAUUCUCAUUACGAACAAGAGGGCAAGGUUCAGUUUGUGAUCGAUGCGGUUUACGCUAUGGCUCACGCUUUGCACAACAUGCACCAGGAUUUGUGUCCGGGAGCCACGGGCGUUUGUGAUAAGAUGGACCCGGUGGAGGGACGUCUGCUGCUCAGCUACAUCCGCUCCGUCAACUUCAACGGUAGUGCUGGCACGGCCGUUCUGUUCAAUGAAAACGGAGAUGCUCCUGGACGCUAUGACAUCUUUCAGUACCAGAUGACCAACACCAGCAAUCCUGGAUACAGAGUGAUCGGCCAGUGGACCAAUAACCUGCGACUCAACGUGGAAGAGAUGCAGUGGACCGGCGGGUCGCGUCAGAUCCCCGACUCGGUUUGCAGUUUUCCGUGCCGCUCGGGCGAGAGGAAGAAGAUGGUGAAGGGCGUCCCGUGCUGCUGGCACUGCGAGCUCUGCGACGGCUAUCAGUUCCAAGCCGACGAGUUCAACUGCGAGAUGUGCCCUUUCGACAUGCGUCCGACCCCGAACCGCACGGCCUGCCGCCCGACUCCCAUCAUCAAGCUGGAGUGGCACUCGCCCUGGGCCGUGAUCCCUCUGUUCCUGGCCAUUCUCGGCAUCCUGGCCACCCUGUCCGUCAUCGUCACCUUCGUCCGCUUCAACGACACCCCGAUCGUGAGGGCCGCGGGCCGCGAGCUCAGCUACGUGCUCCUGACGGGAAUCUUCCUCAUCUACCUCAUCACCUUCCUGAUGAUCGCCGAGCCGGGGACGGUGGUGUGCGCCUUCCGCAGGCUGCUGCUGGGGCUGGGCAUGUGCAUCACGUACUCCGCCAUGCUUACGAAGACCAACCGGAUCUACCGCAUCUUCGAGCAGGGCAAGAAGUCCGUCACGCCGCCAAAAUUCAUCAGCCCCACGUCGCAACUCAUGAUAACCUUCAUACUGAUCUCAGUACAGGUCGUGGGUGUGUUCGUCUGGUUCGGCGUGAUGCCGCCUCACACCAUCGUGGACUACGAGGAGCAGCGGCCGCCCAAUCCGGAGUUGGCGCGUGGCAUCCUGAAGUGUGACAUGUCUGAUUUGUCGCUCAUCUGUUGCCUGAGCUACAGUAUCGUGCUGAUGGUCACCUGCACCGUGUACGCGGUCAAGAGCCGAGGCGUGCCCGAGACCUUCAACGAAGCUAAACCCAUCGGCUUCACCAUGUACACCACCUGCAUCGUCUGGCUGGCGUUCGUGCCUAUUUUCUUUGGCACGGCACAGUCCACUGAGAAGAUGUUCAUCCAGACGACGACGCUGACCGUGUCCAUGAGUCUGAGCGCCUCCGUGUCUCUGGGGAUGCUCUACAUACCGAAAGUCUACGUCAUCAUCUUCCACCCGGAGCAGAACGUGCAGAAGCGCAAGCGCAGCUUCAAGGCUGUGGUUCAAGCCGCCACCAUGUCCUCGCGCCUCUCGCAGAAAUCCAUCAAUGACAAGCAGAACGGAGAGACCAAGAUCGAGCCAGACAGGACGCAGUAACAGGUACUAAGAUAUAGAAAGAUAUAUUUGCUUGUGACAACUAGCCCCGGUGACCCUUGGAACAGCUGUUUGGAUCUUAAAUCACUAAGGAACAGAGUCAAAGGAAGAGUUUUGCUGGGUUGUAUUUUGUGAUGCCAGGUGAGGACGUUAAAUAAAGCCGAUGUUACUGACUGUGAAGCACAAACUGCUAACGCUGCGAACAGAAACUACUUUAUUGAGCAUCUUUGUCGAACACUUGAAAUGCUUCAUAGAUACAGUAGAAUGUGCCCAAAAGCCUUUCUCAUCCAGAGGAUUUUUGCGGAUCGCACCGUGCAAUUUGGAAAAAUCUUUUUUUGUCCCAUUUUUACCUCAGAAAGAGUAUUGUGUGGUUAUUGUGUUGAAGUUUUAGCAUGAGACAUGUACAGCGCUGCAACUAACCAAGUAAAAACUUAAUGAACGACCAUCGGAUUUGAUAAAAACACUGAAGAAAAACGCUCCUCACCUCUAACCGUACAGCAAAGUCACUGCUUUGUCAGCUCAUAAUACACCAUUUUAUUUUAGAUCGUAAGCUUCAAGAAUGAAUUAGACACUAUUCUGAGCCAGUUGUGUAUUUGAUUGUUUGUGCAUCUUAUAUAUUAAUAUUUAUUUCAAUGAUUCUAUAGGUGUAAUUUAUUAGCUCUUUUAUUUAUUUCUCUUUUGCAAAUAAUGUAUUUAUUUAUGUAAUGUUGAUGAUUGAUCUCACUGGCCAAAGACAUGUUGGUGCUUUUAUAAAGAAACCUGUAGGAAAGGACAGAAUUAAAUAUCAGUGCAGCAUCCAGAAAGCACCAUGUUAAAGAACACUGUACAGUUUAACCAUUGUAAAUAGAGGAAUCUGCCGAAGGUUUAAUGGAUGUGUUAUUUUGUGUUUUUUUGAGGCGGUUCUUUGGUGUUCGACUGACAAUAUGCAUGGGAAACUCUAUCUGAAAAGUCUCACUGUGUUACGUGAGUAACACGACAGCUGUGUUUUGCUCGCAUCACGUUCAAGAAAUGUACUUUCUGUCUUUCUAUUUGCUAUUUUUUACAUCGGUGUUUUAGGAUGUCCAUAUAUUCAUAUUGCUUAAGUAAACGCAACACUACAGCACUGGCUGUGUCUAUGAAGAUGUCAUAUUUGAAGCAGUGUUGAUGUUGAAUGGUACAAUCGAUAACAGAAAGAGCAAAGCAAUCAGUUGUAAUUAAAAAGGACUGCUGAUGGUCAGAAAGCUUUGCCACAAUGACUCCUGCUAACAGUGGGACGCUGUGCCGUGAAUAAAACUCAUUGUUUUCUCAAUCUUUCUUAGUUCAGUGUUUCUGUUCAUUCAAUAAAGCCCUACAGCAAGAUGUUUGAUAGAAAAUACAUAUGGUCGUGUGUGCU